AUGGCUGAACCUUCUGAAAAAGCCAAAAAAGCCACUGAAGUAUACCAAAAGGGCUCAGAGAGUACAAAUACAAAUGGUGUUGGUCAUAGAGGAGCUGUUCUAGAUGGGAAAAACACUUUGAUGUGGGCCGCCGAACGCGGAGAUUUCAAAACUGCCGAGCUUUAUAUUCGAUUUGGGAACGAAGUAAAAGCAGUAGAUGUCAAUGGAAGCAAUGCUUUAAUGUACGCGUCUAGCAAUGGACGCGAUAAAAUUGUACAACUUUUAAUUACAAGUGGGAUCGACUUAAACGCUGUUGAUAAUGCUGGAAACACCGCUUUAAUGAACGCUUCUCUCAAUGGGUACAACACAAUUGUGGAACAACUAAUUCAAAGUGGGAGCGAUGUUAAUCGUGUUAACAAAUAUGGCAUAAACGCGUUAAUGUACGCUUCUGAAAGUGGGCAUGCUAAAACUGUGAAGCUGUUGAUUAAAAAUGGGUCCGGUGUUUCACAUGUUAACAAAUAUGGGGUGGAUGCUUUAACGUCAGCUGCUAGAAAUGGACAUGAUCAAGUUGUGGAAAUUUUAAUAAGAAAUGGGAGUGACUUUAAAGCUGCUGAUAAAGAUGGAUGGAAUGCGUUGAUGCACGCUGCUUAUAAAGGUCAUCAUGCAUGUGUGAAUCUGUUAAUUAAAAGUGGUAGUGAUGUUCAUGCCGUUAACAAAAACGGAUUAAACGCAUUAAUGCUUGCGGCUGGAAAUGGGCAUGAAGAAACUGUUGAUAUUUUAAUUAAAAGUGGGAGCAAUGCAAAUGCUGUCAACAAUAAUGGAAUCAACGCAUUAAUGUACGCUUCUCUAAAAGGGCACGAUAAUAUAGUACAUAUAUUAAUAAAAAGUGGGAGUACUGUUAAGGCUGUUGAUAACGAAGGGUGGAAUGCCUUAAUGUACGCUUCAUUAAAUGGACAUAACACAACUGUAGAGAUUUUAAUUCAAAGUGGCAGCGACGUGACAUCUGUGAACAGCCACGGGUGGAGUGCUUUGAUGUUAGCCUCUAAAACUGGACAUGAGAAAACUGUCGAGCUCCUAGUGAAGUCUGGAUGUGAUGUUCUAGCCAAGAACAAAGAUGGAGACAAUGCCUUAGAUAUUGCGUCAAACUUUGGACGUGAAAAUGUUGUGAAACUUCUAAGCAACCCUCACAAAGAAAAAGAAGGGAAUAUCCCAUCAUCUGCAUCCGCCAAAAAACGCUACUUACACGAAGAAGACUGUUCUUGGACACAAAAUACAGUGACCGACCAAACUGAACCUUUACGUGGAAAGCUGUUAGAUAAACACGAAGCCGUACUUCGAAAACAUUUUCCCUAUUUGAUUGAAGAAAUAGACGCCAAGUAUUUAACAGAUGAUCUGUAUUCUAAAAACAUCAUCAGUAGGGAUGACAGACUGUCAGUUACAUCCUUACAAACACCUAACGAUCGGACUAGAGCUCUGCUGGAUAUAAUUCUCCAUGCAGGACCAAGACGGGCGUUUCCAGAGUUUAUAAAUUCUCUUAAGAAACAUUAUCCACAUAUAGCAUCAAAACUGGGGCAGUAUUUAUGA